CUAAGGAAGCUAGAUACCGAGCGACACGCAAUUUUGUGACAUACGAGCACGUCAGGAGUGAGUAUUACACCGCUGUUUUGCGAACUUCCAGACAUACACGUGCAGAUUUAAUUGGCGUAUGAUCCGAAAAUCCGCUAUUAGUAUCAUAAAAGAUGUCUUGUGUCGAUUGUGGAUCUAGUAUGAGCUCUUCAUGGAACUAUUGCCAUUGUGGUAGUUUCAGAUGGGAACGCUAUAGGUAGCGAGGAGAUUGAAGACGACGAACUGUUUACCGAAGAAGAGACACACGAAUUUGAGUCGGUUCUCGAGAAAAGUGGUUAUGCAGAGCACAUGAAUCAGCUAGAAAAUACAAUAGACAAUUACACAAAGAUUCAAAUAAAGGUGGCAGUUUCUGGCUCUACGGGAAGCGGAAAAUCAAGUCUGAUUAACACUUUGAGAGGUCUUAAGGCUAACGACAAAGGCGCUGCAAAGACUGGCCUCGUUGAAACAACAAAAGAACCAACUUGUUAUCUAUUCCCAAACAACCAGAACUUUUCUCUGUGGGAUUUGCCUGGGGUGGGAUCGCAAAACUUCCCACAAGACACGUAUCUAGAUAAGGUCCGAUUUAGUGAUUAUGAUUUUAUUAUUCUUGUGUCUUCUUCGUGUUUUACCACCGAGGAUGCAUGGCUGGCGUCGGAAAUCAUUACCCGCUUUCCUCAAAUAAAACUGUUCUUCAUUAGAACAAAAAUUGAUACUGAUCUGACAAAUAAAGAAGCGGACCUGGGGAGAACAUUGACAUAUGAAGAAAAAGUAUAUGAAAUGAAAAUAAUUAAAGAUGAUAUAUGCAAAAACCUUGCAAUUAAUGGCAUAACCGAUCAAAACAUAUUUCUUGUUAAUAACCAUAAAGCAUCCGAAUUUGAGUUUGGUCAGUUUACAGAGAAGAUUGUAAUACAAGUCUCAUCUCUAAAGCAAAAUGCGUUUAUUCUGUCAUUAGAUAUUCAAACUGCAGAAAUUGUUCCUUUUAAGAUUAAAUUACUGCAGAAAAGAAUUGCGAAAGUCAGCAAACAGGCAGCAAAGGCGGUCGUAAACAUCAGAAAAAUAACCACAACAAUAUCAGAGAACGAUAUUCUUAACAAGGAGAUUCACAUGUAUAUGCAACAGUUAGGGAUUAACAAACAAUCGGUCGACAAAAUGGCAAAAAUGUAUGACGUAUCUAGAUCUAGUAAUGAAGUGAUGAAAGCAAUAGCUUUCGUCACGAAGCGUUUUGAAGAAAAAAUGAAGGAGUUGAAAGAUAAGCGAGAAACUGAAAAACCAUCUGCGUGGUACAGUUUACCAUUUAUCGGUAGGUGGAUGGAGUUGAGGAAAUAUCAAAAGGAAUCUUACAUGAUUCUUAGAAACAUGUUAAAUGCAUGUUUCGAAGCAAAUAAAAUUGUCUUUAAUACUGUAGGCCAAUUGUUAAGACGAUGAGUUGCUAACAGUAGUGAUAUCGUUGAAACAAAUAAGAAAGAAAAUUCUGCUUGGGAUACCUUUUAUCUGCGUUUGAUUUGAUGAAUGAAAUCUUAUCACAGUAGUCCACAUUAAAUGUGAAUGCGAUCGAACGAGAACUUACGUUUUAUGUGUCAAUUCGGGGAAAUGUUGCGUUGUAUUUAUUGUGUCAAUUUUUUACUUGUAUUGUCUAAUAUAUGUUUGUUUAAUUUCAGAGAACUGUUUAACGCAGAGUGUUGACAUUUCAUAUUACAAUACAACUGACUGGACAAAGUAUACAUAUGUAUAUCAUAAUUUCAGAGGAGACAUGUGAGCUAUGCUCUCACAAAUUACGUCAAAAAGAUGUUGACACCAAUUACUAAUACAAAUGACUACAUCAAAUUUGUUAUUCAGACCUUUUUUCAAGCGAAAUACUUUACACAGGUUAAAAAAUGACGAAUUGUCUAUAAAACUAUUUUAAGUAUAUGCAUAUUAAUAAUAAUCGUUUAGUCGUAAAUGGAAAUGAAAGCCUGUGAGAACUAGCGGGGAUGACACAUGUUAUUUACAAAAACAAAAACGAUGGUUUAACAAAAUGGGUUAAAU